AUGGCCCCGGCGCUUCGCCAGCUUCAACAAAGCACUCGGCACCAAACUCCGACCGUCUACGAUGCCGCUCUCGGCUAUGGAAAGCUGCCCGUCUACUUUGCUCUGCACCCCGCGCAGCAGUAUGACGAACUGGCAAAAGACUCGGAUUACGUGCCUGACACAGUGCUCGAGUCGCACGUUGUCGAUGACUUUCUCGAUGCGGCAGUAAGCGGCGUGAUGCCCGAUGGGCAGACGACGCAGUUGGCCACACUCGACGCAAAAGAAGUGAGCGAGUAUUGGCGAAGUGACUACAGUACUUGGGCGCCACAGGGGCUUGCAUCGAGAGAGGGGUCGCCUGCCUCAAACGUGGCACGUAUCUUCGACCUGUCGCCCAAAAUCCUACUGCACCGAGCUUUGAGAGCGUUGAAACUAAAGAUCUGGGCCGGGAUCGCGCCCAUAUCGGCUGACACGUGGGCGAGGCGCAAACUCGACUACCCAAACUACGUUUACGAGGCGUCAGAGAUGCUGGCCAAGACGAUUGCCGUGUUCGAGUACUUGAACGACGCGCACGUCCAAGCCGCUCUGCGUGCGACGUACAAUGCUAUUCUCGACGAACUGGCGGUAUUUUCUAUUGCCGUCAACGAUCUGCGUGCGGACUCGGCCAAUGUUCAAGCGGCGAAUCUCUGGCAAGAGUUCAUCGCCGCCUUGUUUCGCAGCACCGCCUCCCGGGCCAGCACCUGGAUCUUGGCACGUAUAGAAGGCAUGCGCCUGCAGCAAAAUGAGGCAUUUGACGACAUGAAAGCGCAGGAUCCACAGCCAGAUGCAACCAACUCGACAAUUCUAGUCCGGCUCGCACGCUUUAUCGAUCUGGAGCGUGACAUUGACCUGCAUGUUAAAAUCAGCCGGUGGGGCUUCAAGUCUAACGGAGCGACUGCGACGAGCGCCAACUCUGAGGCUUCUUUGGUGGCCCAAUACAACGAGAAACAGAUGAAGCGCCGUAUGGUCGAUGAUGUUUUUGUGGAGCAGUUUGUCCAAGGGAUAACGCGAACGCGCCAUGCCAUGGGGUUUGGUCCGUUUCCCGGACAACUCGAGGUGAAAAUGAUCCUGCAUGACCAAAAAGAGGCGCAAAAGGCGCUGCGUAAGAGUAAAGUCAAGCCGGAGAACAAACAGCCAGAUCAGACAAACGCAGAAGUGGAGCCAUGGAUGAUGAAGGUGAAGCAGAGGUUGGAGAACAACGGUGAGUUUGGAUUUGUGGUGUAUCGGCAGGGGAGGUACGAAGGCGUGGAGUGGGCAAAUUUGAAGAAAAUAGUAGAAGGAGAAUUGGUAAAGUGGGGAGAAAAGACCCCGGGUGCGGAGGGAAUAAGGGAAAGAGUGAAAUUGCAAUGGAUUGAGAUGGCGGGUGGAGAUGUCGAGAGCUACAAAACUCAUUUCAAAGCCUUCCGUGAGAGCGGGCAGCUCCAACCCGGGAUGCGGACGGAUCUGUUCCUUAUUGUUGAUCCUCACUCGGUCAACGCCUGGUUUCCGAUGAAGAGUUCCGAGGCAGUAAACGACGUCUGGGCAGAGACGCACACGACCCCAGGACACAGCGGCACGAACAUGCUCCCCAGCACGCACAGUCUGGCGCUCAACUGCAUGAACACAGACUUUGCACCAUUUGUGAUAGCCGUGUCACCAGACUUUGCUCCCUCGCUGUCGUUCCCAGGCUGGAUCCGUUUGCAUUCAACACUCGCAUUCGAGGAGCUUUACGCCAUGGCGGAGUCGCGGUGUCUCCGGAUGGAGGAUAUGUGGCGGCUGGCGGCAUCGCACCCAUGCGGCGUGUACACGGGAGUGGUGACAGAGGUUGAGAAGUGGCGGUUCAAAGUGUGGGGAGGGUUCCGGAACCGCGCGGUCAAGUGGGUGCUGGACCGGCCUGACAUGCAGUUCCACGGCCGGAGUUAA